GACCAAUCACCACCAACCAUACAUUGAUCCUCAAGCAAUCUCCGUGUUUUCCACCACGCAUCUCUUCAGCCUUCUCUCUGCUAGUUUCGUGGCUAGGCUGAUAUCACUGUCCAUUUGUUGGCUUGGUCAACCUGAUCUUCGCCGAUCAAGCAACAUGGCUGCCAGAAAUGCUCUUACUGAGAUCCUCAAGAAGCGUGGUCGCCUCCCGUCGGUGUUCUCUCCGCGUGUGCUUGCAGACGCGGUGCCAUGCGCGGCUCACGGCAAAAGUCAGGCGCAGCUGGAACUGCGGAUUCUGUGGGGGUCACUUCCCUGAGACGAAUAAGUGGUGUCGUCUGGGAUGGCUUCUGGCAGCCGGUGGAGUAGCCACUCUUCCGGCAGUCGUCAGUCCUUCCGAAUCGAUAGCUUUUUCGGAAGCCUCAUCGGAAGGUAGUGCCGGAAAGUCCGCUAGCGGAGGACCAGAUGGAUCUUUUAAGCCGCAGAUCAUCUUCGUCCUUGGCGGUCCUGGGAGUGGCAAGGGAACUCAGUGCGCCAAGAUUGUAGAGGAAUACGGAUUCACUCACUUGAGCGCUGGCGACCUACUUCGCGCCGAGAUCAAGUCCGGAUCUUCUCACGGAAACAUGAUUCAGAACAUGAUCAAGGAGGGAAAGAUAGUUCCAGCCGAGGUCACUGUUGGUCUUCUUCAGAAGGCAAUGAAGGAGAGCGGGAAUAACAAGUUUCUUAUUGACGGGUUCCCUCGGAACAAUGAUAACAGGACUGUUUUCGAGAAGCAGACUGGAGUCGAUCCUGAGUUUAUUCUAUUCUUUGAUUGCCCAGAGGACGUAAUGGUUAAGCGUCUGCUUGGCAGAAACCAGGGCCGUAUUGACGACAACAUGGAUACUAUCAAAAAAAGGUUCCGGGUCUUCUUGGACCAGAGUAUUCCAGUUGUGAAUCAUUAUGACCUGCGCGGCAAAGUGCGAAAGAUCGAUGCUACCCGUUCCCCAGACGAAGUGUUCCAAGCAGUUUCUCCUCUUUUUACCAAGUUCCGUGAGGGUGAUCUGCUGGACCACACGAAGGCCUUGCUAAAUGCAGUUGACACUGGGGACUACAAGACAUAUUCAAACCUCUCUGAUGCGCAGCUCACCGCCUUCGAGCCAGAAGCACAAGGUGGCUUGGUCAAGGGCCUGGACUUCCACAAGUACUAUUUUGAUCGCAGUUCUGGAAACGGCUCAUCAAAGUCGACCAUGGUUGCACCCCACAUUGCCAUUGCUGGGAAUGCGGGUAUUGUCUCCUACACGCGUCUCAUUCAGAUGACUGAUGCUUCAGGAAAGGUGGAAAGCAAAGCAUUCAACGAGACGAGAGUAUGGGAGAGGCGCAAGACUGCUGACGGAGCUUGGGAGUGGAAGAACAUUCACUUUCACCGGUCCCAAGCACAAGGCUAGUGCAUCUGUAAGGUUGGUCUGCUACAUCAGCAUAUAUAUAUAUAUAGGUCAAGGUGUGGAUGGGAAUGACUCAGCGGGUUUGUUUGGUCCCAUUUGUCAUUCAUACACGUUACCUAGUUCAAAAGAUAGGAUGGUGGUGAGUAAGAUCCUUAUGGUUGCUUUUGGAGCGAACUAUAUGAAGACACACAAGACCUUAUGGUGGAGCAUAUGUUCCAUACUAAUAUCGAACAUUGAACAUCGAUAGCUGAAUGCGCAGGAGGAUCCAACAGAGACGGUUUUGUGCAAGAGGAAUCCAAAUCCAGCCCAACUUUCGAGCUGGUGAGGUGAGAAAGAGAAUCCAUCGUGGACGGCAACCGUCAACCCAUUCGGCGAGAAAUCAGGGUCCCUGACGAGCAACUGCGACAGUCUUAUCCUGCUACCCGAUACUUUUCGCGCCCUCCUGACGAACUCUGACGAAACUGAUUUCCCCUCACCCGCCGCCAUGUGUUGGGGUGCGAGAAUUGCAGGGAAUCAUGGAUCUGUCUCUGGCAAGGUCAAGAACAGAGCAAACCCGAGGCAGGGGGGGAAGGUGAUGGUAAAUUAGGGAAGCAGGGAGGAAUGGCGCUGUUUCUUGGGGAUUUGGUGUGCUUCAUCUCUUUCUCCCUCCACCACGCAGCGACUUAGCCGCUGGUUUCGCUCCACUACGUACAUAAUCUUUCGUUCCCUCUCCCUGGUGUCUCCGUGCUCGAUCAGUUUCUCUUUCGGCUGUAGGCUGCGUUAGUUGUCCGCCAGCUUGUAAAGUAAUAUGGAAGAUGUCAGCGAGAGUUAGUUUGAACGGCCAAGCCAGGGCGACUUCUGCGCAAGUCCGUUCCCAGCGAAGCUGAUAGACCCGUAAGUGUCCGUUUCGUUGCUUACGGUUAAUCUCCAGCGGAUUGUUCGUUACUGCAGUGCUCAAGACUAAUCUAAUAUGGAGGACGGCAAAGAAGCUGCCGCCCGUCCUGAAAACGGAUCUGGCUUACCGCCGAAUCUUCCGGUGCCGUUUGACUCGACCCAAAAGGCAUCUGGUGUGUCGUCAAAUCUCCCGCACCUCCCCCCACCCGCUUCGCGCGGCUUCGAACCUCCUCGAGAUCCGUCCAAAAUCCUCACCGCCCAAGAUAUACCCUCUCAAAUAGAAACGACUCCGAUUUCUACCCCUGGUUCCGUUCCCGGCGGUCACGUAAUUGGGAACAUUCCAGGCGGAGGUCCCGGAAUUUCCGGAACUCAUGGAAGCUCUUUUCCCGGUCAAGGUGGGGUCGAAGGAAGCGGUCCGAGCACGCCCGGCCCUCCCGCGGCUUUAAUCGGCGGCGUAGGCGGUUCGUCGGGGAUGGAGACUACGCCGCAACGGACGCCGCCCGGUCGCGGCUCGGAUACUAAGGCGUUCGUUAAGGAGCUCCAGGCGUUCUUCGAGACGCGUCAUCAGGAGUUUAAGGUUCCCAAGUUCUAUGGCGUGGAGGUGGAUCUGUUAAAACUUUGGCAAGUUGUCUGCUCCUUCGGUGGCUUUGACAAGGUGACAAGUGGCAAGCUCUGGCGCGUCGUUGGAGACCAAUUCGACCCACCCAA